AUGGACUCGUCACUGCUAUCAGCUCACCUCGAGCAAAUCCAGGCUUGUUGCCAUGGAAUCGAUUCCCUGCCAUUCCCGCCCCCCAGAAUCUUCACCAACGCCAUGCUCUCCAACCACGACAUCACAUCCCUCAUCCGCGACACCGAAGCCCACGAACGCGCCCUCUUCUCCGUCCCACCGCCACCCCCGACGGCAAAGCCCUCCAAGCCCUCCACCGAAGAAGGAGCAGGAGGAGGAGGAGGCGAGUCCUCCAAGCCCCGAAGCAAUGCCAACCGCCGACAGACAGUCUUCAACGUCGCCUCGGGCGAAGUCACCACGGGCCCGACGACCACACGCGGCGGCGGCGCCGCCGCGCCCCAUCGCCGCACCGCCGUGGCCGCCGUGCUGGGCGGCGAGAUGCACGAGCAGCUGCGGCGCGGGGAGACGGACCGCAAGGGCGACCUGGACGUGGAGGUGCUGCUGCGGGGCGCGGAGAAGCUGUGCGGCGUGUACGAGCUGCCGGGUGCGCGGGAGCGCAUCGCGGCGCUGCGGGCGAGGUUCCGGCACGGCAGGGACACGACGGCGUACUAUGAGGCCCGGGUCGCCGAGCAGGCGGAGCAGCUGGCGGGCAUGAAUAAUAAGGGGUGGAUGGGGCAACAUGGCGAGCAUCAGGACGGUGAAGAGGCGGGCGAGGCCGGCGGCGGCGGGGACGAGUGGACGGAGGAGGAUCUGCGGAGGGAGGAGGAGGAGGCGCGGCUGAUGGAGCGGAAGAAGAGGGAGCUGCAGGCGAGGUUGAGGUCUAUGGAGAAGGACCUUGGCGGGUUAAGGAACAUGUGAGGAUUGCACGAGCAGCGGUUGAGAAGCCAGCACAAAAACUAUGAUACCCCUUCUAUUCCUGUUCUAUCUUCCUCCAUCUACUCGAUCUACGGGGGCUACUCACAAACCACCACGCCUACUCCUGAAUCUCAGUUCUUGUCCUUGGCCCCCUUGGCCUCCUUGGCCUUAUACAGCUGCUCAAAGAUGGCCGUCACAUCAUCUGCCCCCUCCACCACAAACUCCCCAUCAAUCACAAUCUUCGGCACGCCCUUCAUCCCCAAUCUCUCCAUCUCCUCCACCUCCUCAUCAACCUCAUCCCCUCCCCUCGC